AUCAAAAAGAAGUGUUUGACUAGCGCUAUGAUACUUUAAAGUUUAACCUCUCUUGAUUUUAAUUACCCAUCAUUUACGGAACCAUGUACGGUCGUCGCUCUCUCUCUCUUCCUCGUCGCUCUCUCUGCGUUUGAAUGCCCGUCGCAAGUUGUAGACUUGUAACGCACUUGUGUGUUUUCUGGGCCCCCCUUAUUGGUGUUGUUCUUAAAUUGGAGAAAUGCUGGUUCUGCUUCCAUAGCUAAAACUCCUUGGUUUAUUUUUGGUCCUUGUUUUAGGAAGAUCAAGAUUAAAGCUUGAGGCUCUAUACCCUUUCUGUUCAAUUCAUUUCAAAUUUGGGGUCUUCACUGCAAUAUCGGAUAAAGAAGGCGGCAAGAUAUGAGGAAAAGCAUCAAUUUCCACUCGGGGAGGAUUUUCAGUGACAGAAGGUGGAAAAUCCCAUUCUUUCUAAGUUUGCUUGUAUCCAUUACUCUGUUUAUGGCAACUAUUUCUGGGAUAUAUACUUCAUCGUAUGGUAGGGAACAAGUGGAAUUUGAUAUCAAAACUUUCAGCGAGCCAGAAGAUUCUGGCGAGUACUUUGUAGACUCAGAGUUGAGGUCAUCAAUGCAGAAUGGGGUUCUAAAAACCGAACCUCCUAGGUUUGCUUAUCUCAUAUCGGGCACAAAGGGUGAUAGCCAAAGAUUGUUGAGGACUCUGCAAGCUGUCUAUCAUCCGAGAAAUCAGUAUAUUCUGCAUAUGGAUCUUGAAGCUCCACCCCGUGAAAGGUUGAACUUGACAAUGACAGUGAAAAAUGAUCCAACUUUCCGUCAAGUGCUGAAUGUCCGUGUAAUGGAACAAUCGAACUUGGUGACUUACAAGGGCCCUACAAUGAUUGCUACUACCUUACAGGCUAUAGCAAUUAUGUUGAAGGAAAGUUCAGAUUGGGACUGGUUUAUCAAUCUCAGUGCUUCUGAUUACCCUCUCGUGACUCAGGAUGAUCUCCUUCAUGUUUUCUCCAAUUUGUCGAGAGAUUUGAAUUUCAUAGAACAUAUGCAGCUUUAUGGGUGGAAAUUGAACCAAAGAGCAAGGCCCAUAGUUGUUGAUCCAGGUCUUUAUUUGUCUAAGAAAUCUGAUCUCUCUACGACUUCUCAACGUCGAUCACUUCCAACAUAUUUUAAGUUGUUCACAGGCUCAGCAUGGGUGAUACUGACUCGCUCUUUCCUCGAGUACUGCAUAUGGGGAUGGGAUAACCUUCCGCGAACUCUUCUCAUGUAUUAUUCUAAUUUUGUAUCCUCACCCGAAGGCUAUUUCCACACCACCAUUUGCAACACUGAUGAGUUUCGUAGCACUGCAAUAAACCAUGAUCUGCACUACAUUGCGUGGGACUACCCUCCCAAGCAACACCCUCUCUUGCUAACACUCAAGGACUUCGACAAGAUGGUCAACAGCAGUGCUGCAUUUGCUAGAAAAUUUCGCAGGGAUGAUCCCGUGCUAGACAAGAUUGACCAAGAAUUGCUGGGACGCACGAAUCGUUUUGCACCCGGGGCUUGGUGUGUUGGAAGCGAGGAAGACGGAGGUGAUCCAUGUUCUGUGCUUGGUGAUGAUUCAGUGUUUAGGCCUGGUCCUGGUGCAAAGAGGCUGGAGGGCCUAAUGCAGAAGCUGCUAUCUGAAGAUUUUCGUAGUAAACAAUGUUUGGCUAAAAAUUGAGAGACAAAGUCAUACAGUUUGAGCGUUUAUGGUGAAAGUGAUACAGAAAAUGAGGUUUAACAGAGAA